AUGAUUCGUUCAGCAGCAACUCGGCUAAUUGUUUCGCUUCGUUCAUUUGGAGGUUUGAAUGGUCCAUUAACCGCUGGAGCUGUACGUUUUUCACACAGCAGUGAAACUGCUGAAGAUUUUGAUGCUCGCUAUGAAGCAUAUUUCAAUCGGCCAAAUAUCGAUCAUUGGGAAGCGAGGAAAGCAAUGAAUGAUUUGCUCGGUAUGGAUUUGAUUCCUGAACCAAAAAUUAUUGUUGCUGGUUUGAAGGCCUGUCGUCGUUUAAAUGAUUACGCACUUGCUGUUCGGUUUUUGGAAGGUUGCAAAGAUAAGUGUGGGGAUAAAGUGAACGAAAUCUAUCCAUACUUGCUGCAAGAGAUUCGCCCAACAUUAACGGAACUUGGCAUAGAAACUCCGGAAGAGUUGGGUUACGAUCAACCUGAGCUCGCUCUAAAGAGUGUCUACGACAUUCAUUAA